GAACUAUCCAAAUAAUCGAUAAACAGAACCGAAUUGGUCCAAAAUAACCGAAGUCUGCAGGCCUGAGUCAUCGAUGCCAACGGCGUACGGUCAAACGUCACAGCCUCCGAUGUACAGUCUCAUCUCUAAGUUCCGCCCUCUCCUUUCUCACUCGCCGUCGUCUUUCACUGCUCCCUCCCGGCGACGGCAGAGUCUCGCGUUUAGCGCUCUUUCAAAGACAAAACCCAUCGACGCAGCGUUGAUGAAGGAGAAAUGGUUGGAGUCUCUCACAGCAGAAGAACCCGUGGUGAUGAUGACUAGGGAGAAUAGCGAGUCGAGUUUUGUCAUUGGUGUAGACCCGGACUUGUCCGGUGCUUUGGCUCUUUUGAAAAUUAACCAUGUUUUUGAUACUCCUCACCUACCGGUUUUAGUUGGAAAAAGAGUGAGGAAACGUUUGGAUGCAAAGUCAAUAGUUCAGUUGAUUAAAAGUUUAGAUAUACCCUCUGGAAGUAGGGCGUAUAUAGAGCAAUCAACUCCCUUUCCAAAAGACGGGAAACAGGGUUGGUAUAGUGGAGGUUUUGGAUAUGGAUUUUGGAUAGGAACACUUGUCACCUCAGGCUUUUCGGUUGUUCCCGUUCCUUCAGCCUUAUGGAAAAGGCAUUUUCAACUUGCUGGUGGAAACUGCACAAAGGAUGAUAGUAGACGAGUUGCAUCAGAGUUGUUUCCUUUGCUUAGUUCGCAACUCAAGAGAAAAAAAGACCAUGGCCGAGCUGAAGCAUUACUCAUUGCAGCUUAUGGUGAAACUCUUAAACCCGCCAAAUUGUUACACACGCCUCAAGAAACACUUGUCUCCUCUGAGGUUUACUGUUUAGAAAACUAA